AUGCCAUCGCCAACCCCCUCCCCGCCGACCUCGCCCGACCACGUGGAAGUGGACGACACUACGGCGCCCGAAACCGGCGGCGGCGCCCUGGACGACGCGGACUCGGCCUACGGCGACGACGGCAGCUCCUCGGCGUCCACCUCGCUCCGCAGCAGCAUCCUCCGCUACGAGUGGAAGCACGGGCGGCGGUACCACGCCUACCAGGCGGGCAAGUACAGCUUCCCCAACGACGAGCGCGAGCAGGAGCGCCUCGACAUGGUCCAUCACGUCUACUUCCGCACCCUGCACGACCGCCUGUUCCUGGCCCCCGUUGAUCCCGACGCCGGGCUGCGCGUGCUGGAUGUCGGGACGGGCACGGGCAUGUGGGCCAUUCAUUUGGGGGAUGAUUAUCCCGGGGCGGCCGAGAUUGUCGGGAAUGAUCUGUCGCCGAUUCAGCCGUCGUGGUGUCCGCCGAAUGUAAGGUUUAUUGUGGAUGAUGUGGAGCUGGAUUGGGCGGAGCCGUUGCCGUAUGAUCUAAUUCAUUGUCGGUAUAUGGCGGGCGCGAUCAAGGACUGGCCGCGGUUGAUCAAGCAGAUGUAUGACAACCUCAAGCCGGGCGGGUGGCUGGAGUUUCAGGAGAGCGCGAAUACCCUGUACAGCCAGGAUGGGAGUUUGACGAGGAAGGAUCCGCUGUCGAAGCUGAUGGAUGGGUUGAUGGAGGCGUGCGAGAAGAUUGGGAGGACGAUGGACCCGGCGCCGAGCAUGGAGCAGUGGGUGAGGGAUGCCGGGUUUGUGAACGUCAAAGUGGAGGUUUUCAAGAUGCCGGUCGGCGCGUGGCCCAAAGAUCCGAGGUUGAAGGAGAUUGGGACGCUGUUGGGGGUGAACUUUACCGAGGGGGUCGAGGCCUUCACGGCGGCCUUGUUUGCGGACGUGUUGGGCUGGAGCAAGGAAGAGAUCACGGUGCUGAACGCGGGUGUCAGGGAUUCUAUCAAGAGAGGGGAGGCCCAUGCGCUUUUUGACUUUAUGGUUAUUACAGGCCAAAGGCCAAAGUGA